GACUCCGGGGGGGUCAGUGGGGGCACCGGACCAUCCACUUCAAAUAAAACCAGGGGCCCAAGCCGAAUUAGAUCAAAACUUCCGGGUUUUUUGUAUCACUAACAACUGGCCUACCGGCUCGUACCGGUCCAAUAAAGAACAUUUUCAAAAUGAGAAAAUUUUUGAUUAUCUCCGCCUUAGUAGCACUAUCAAACGCCCGGCCAGAACCACCAUCCGCCGGCUACAGUUACCCAGUACCUUCAGGGCCAACCCUCUCCCUCCCAGGACCUAGUAUUGGUGGCUCCCAUGGCAUAUCAAGCAUCAGUUUGGGCACCGGAAGUUCUAGCGGCGGUCAUGACAUUAGCCACAUUAGCCUUACCACAUCUGGAGGCGGCGGCAGCUACGGAGGCAGCAGCCUAAGCUUAGGAGGGCACAGCAGCAGCCUUAGUCUAGGAGGCCACGGCAGCAGCCUUAGCUUAGGAGGCCACGGCAGCAGCCUUAGCUUAGGAGGACACGGCAGCAGUCUCGGUGGUUUAGGAGGCCACGGAAGCAGCCUUGGUAGUUUGACAAGCCACGGAAGCGGUCACGGAAGCUCUUUUGCCAGCUCAGGAGGAUUUAGCAGUAGUAGUUUCAGUUCCGGUAGUCACGGUAGCGGAUCACUGCUGUCUGCGGGAGGAUUAGGUUCUUUUGGAGGCUCCUCGCUGCUUUCUGGUGGACACGGAUCGUCCUUCGGGUCCGGUAGUUCAUUUGGAGGUUCCAGUUCAUCAUUAAGUGGAUCUAGUGGCUCAUUUGGUGCAUCUAGCGGCUCAUUUGGAGGCUUUGGGGGUUCCUCAUCCCUCGGGGGUGGGUCUACCCUAGUCCAAAAGCACAUCUACGUGCACGUACCACCACCAGAACCAGAAGACUUAAGACCACAACGUGUUAUUCCCGUAGCUCCCGCUCAGAAGCACUACAAGAUCAUUUUCAUUAAAGCUCCAUCUGCACCCUCACCAACCGUCCCAGCUAUUCCUUUGCAACCUCAACACGAAGAGAAGACUUUGGUCUACGUACUCGUCAAGAAACCUGAGGAAGCACCAGAACUAUCUAUUCCCGCUCCAGUGCCUACGCAACCAAGUAAACCAGAAGUAUACUUCAUCCGUUAUAAGACUCAAAAAGAACAUUCUGCUGCUGGUAUUAGUGGUGGUGCCUCUCUCUCAUCUGGCUCGAGUUUCUCAGGUGCCUCUCUAUCGAGCGCCUCUCUAGGUGGUGCGUCUCUAUCAGGUGCGUCCCUAGGAGGUGCUAUUGAUGACAGUUCACUAGCUUUGGCUUCUGGUGGUAUUAGCGGAGGAUCUCUAUCUGGAGGCUUAGGAUCAUUCUCUUCAUCUCAUGGAUCUAGUUCCAGUAGCUCUUUUGUAUCAUCUGGCUCCUCGUCUGGUGGUAGCGGUUUGAGCACCUCCUACGGACCCCCCGGACACGUGCCCGGGCCCUAUUAAUUUUUUUUAGUAAAAUGUGAUGUCGGAGUUUGUCUAUGGACGUAAAAUUUUUUGUGGCUGACAAAAAGACUUUCUUUUAUGCUUAAGUGAUAUUGUAGUGAUACUUAAGGGCUCAUUGAUGUAAAUAAUGCCAUUGUAGCUUAGGAUUAUCAUUACUGAUACAUACAUAUUAGUCAUUUCUUGAAUCGUAAUCAUAAUUUAUUUAGUAAGUAAACGGUGACAAAUAUAGUUUAUAAGAAAUAAAUUAUUUUUUCUAUAUAUAAA